AGCCACCAGCGUAUGUAAGUUACUCUCCGUUUCAGAGUGCGUGUAUAGCGGCUAACGGGUACGCUAAAGCUAGCGAAUUCUCCUUUUCAUAUAUGAUCCGUAGAAGAAGCCUUAUCUCCGAUUAGGGUUAGGGUUUCAGUGUUUUAUCUCACUCCUUACUGAUACGCGGCUUCCCUUUGUCGUUCUUCGCUUGUUUUCUGAGAGCUAUGGAGUCCACUCUAGUGAUCAAGGUCAAAUAUGGAGAUACCCUCAGGCGCUUUAGUGCUCGUGUGGAUGAGAAUAAUCGACUGGAUCUUGACAUGCUUGGGUUGAGGUCCAAGAUAUGUUCUCUUUUCAAUUUCACUGCUGAUGCAAAUUUAAUGCUUAGAUAUGUUGAUGAAGAUGGCGACUUGGUGACUCUUGUGGAUGAUGAUGAUUUGCAUGAUGUGCUGAGGCAGCACUUAAAAUUCUUGAGAAUUGAUGUACAUAUGGGCAUUGACAAAAAAAAGAAAAAGAAAAAUACUGGGUCUAGUGGAAGUGCCACCCCCUUAAGAUCUCCUCCUGUCCCAAAACCUAAAGUUGAUGUUUUGCAUUCUAUUCAAGAGCCAUUGAGCGUGGCUCUUAAAAAUUUAUUGCUUUCAAAAGAUGCAUCCUCAAGUCCAGUGCUUGUUAAUCUUGCUGAUUCAAUUUUCAAAACGGGACAAUCUAUUCUGAGUUCUCAUUGCCAGCCUCAUGUUGCAGCUGGUCCCAGCUCAAAAAAUGGUGUUCCUGAAGAAAGUAUUACUUCUGAAGCAAGAGGUCAACAGUCUCCGUCUGUGGACUCUGCUUCCACUGCCUGUCUCGAUGCUAGGUCUAGUGGAAGUGACACCCCGCUAAGAUCUCCUCCUGUCUCAAACCCAUUUCCAAGUGGAAAUGUUACUAAAGUUGAUGAGCCAUUACCCAUGGCUCUUUCGAAUUUAUUAUUUUCAAAAGCUUCAUCUUCAGGUCCAGUGCUUCAUCUUGCUGAUUCAAUUUCCAAAAUGGGACAAUUUAUUCUAAAUUCUCAUCUUGCAGCUUGUCCAAGCUCAAAAACUAGUGUUCCUGAGGAAUCUGUCACUUCCGAAGCAAAUGAUCUGCAGUCUCCUUGUGUGGGCUCAGCUUCCAAUCCCAAUCUACAGGUGGAAGCCGGAAAUGUGAAUACUGGUUUAGUGGCAGGAGUUGCCCCUGUUGAUCUCAAUACCCUUCCAUGUGAUCCCCAUUCAUCUCAGUCCACAAAAGUAAAUAGUGAUCCACUUUCAUCAGCAGAUGAUGGCAGAAAGGGUAAAGUGUCAACUGAUGAUCGUUUGGCUUGUAAGUGUGAAAGUUGUAGGGCAUCCACGAGCACUGCAUCUCAUAAUAACAGCUCAACCCAGACUACUGCAAUGAGUCCUAGUGCUUCCAUUGACUGUUCAUUUCCUGGGACAUAUACUAUUGUUCAUUCAGUGGUACCAAACAAUCGUAUUCCUUCAUCUAAAAGGAGCUAUAGUCACACUGAGGUAAUGAGUGGUAUGUUCCAUAAGGGGGUCCGCUGUGAUGGCUGUGGAGUAUAUCCAAUAACUGGACCUCGUUUCAAAUCCAAAGUGAAAGAAAAUUAUGAUCUGUGCAGCAUUUGCUUCAACGAAAUGGGUAACCAGACUGAUUACAUCAGAAUGGACCGUCCGGUGUCUGUUCGUGCCUCAUCUCGUGUGCCACGAUGCGUAAAUGAACAUAUGCCAAAAUUUCCAACAUUUCCGCCGCAUACUUUUAAAACAGGUGCUAUUUUGAAGCAUGCUAAGCCAAAGCUAGAUAGUCGGUUCAUUUUGGAUGUCAAUGUCAUAGAUGGUACUAUGAUGGCUCCAUCUACUGCAUUUACAAAGAUCUGGCGGAUGCACAACAAUGGCACCUUAGUGUGGCCCAAGGGAACUCAACUUGUUUGGAUUGGAGGAGAAAAGUUUAGUGACUCUCAUUCAGUUGACUUAGAGGUUCCUGAGAAUGGUAUACCUGUGGAGAAGGAACUUGACAUUGCUGUUGACUUUAUAGCGCCUCAGCUACCUGGCCGGUACAUAUCAUACUGGAGGAUGGCAUCUCCAUAUGGACAUAAAUUUGGCCAACGUGUUUGGGUCCUUAUACAGGUUGAUGCCUCUCUCAAGGACUCAUUUUAUGAUAGCUCUCAAGGUCUGAACUUGAAUAUUCCCCUCGGUGUCAGUGGAUCCAAAGGGCCUCAGAUUAUAGAUAUUAAUGUUCAACCUGUUGAUGAUGAUACUUUUCUUCAACCCCACAAUCCUAGUGCUCCCACUGAACCUGUGAAUCAAAUGGUUGAUGAGGAACUGAGGCAGGAGCUGGAAAACAAAUUAGCUAUAAAUGAGGCUACAUCUGUUGGCCCUGCUGCCUCACUUCCCGCAACUUCUGCUGCACCUUCAUCUGUUUCUUAUCCUAUUAUCGAUUUCUCUGAAACAGCCCCUGCUGUUCCUUCAAAUCAACCAUCCUCAGCUGUGGAUGCUCCAUCAUCAUCUCUAGGGAUUGGUGGAAAUAAUUCUGUAGAAGAGACUCUCCUUAAAGAGCUUGAGGAGAUGGGUUUUAUGCAAUUUGAUUUGAAUAAAGAGAUCUUGAGGAUGAAUGAAUACAAUCUGGAGCAGUCAGUGGAUGAUCUCUGUGGUGUUUCUGAGUGGGACCCUAUACUUGAAGAGUUACAGGAGAUGGGUUUCCGUGACAAGGAGGUGAAUAAGAGGCUGCUGAAGAAAAAUAAUGGAAGCAUCAAACUUGUUGUUAUGGAUUUAAUCAACGGAGAGUAGGUUUAGUUGAAAUAUCUGUUAAUGCAAUGGUGGUAAAGCAUUUUCUUGAAGAUGCUUAAAGCCUGGAACUCUACGUAUUAUCUAAUUACCUGACUCGACCUUGUAUUGUGGUGCUAUUGUCCCCUAGCAUUUGAACACUAUUUGAUCGAUCUUAUGUUGGAUUUAUCGUAUGUAUGACUCAACACUUUACUUUCGUAUGUAUAUAAGUAUAUUGCUACAUCGUUUUGGUUAUUUAUAGGUG